GCAGAGCUAGCGGGAGCUGCCAGCUGGCUUCAUGGUGCGGCACCCGGGUAGCGGCGGCGCUGCUGUUCCCCCCGUAGGAGGACGGGAGCCGGCGCCGCCGCGGAGCGAGGAGGAGGAUGCGGGGGGCGCGGGACAGCACCGCCAGUGCCAGGCGGGCGCCACGGAGGCGGUGGGCGCCCAGGAGCCCGGAGGCGGCGGCUGUAGCUGUAGCUGCUGCUCAGCCUCAUCCCGGCCGUGCUGCAGGCUCCCGUGGGCACGGAAGACGCCCGGAACAAAGAAGAAAUUCACCUGCCCGGGACUUGGCCUGUUUUAUACCUUAUUGUCUGCCUUCCUUUUCUCAGUGGCUUCUUUAUUUCUUAAAAAAAUUGAAGAUGUACAUUCAGUGGAAAUCAGUGCAUUUCGAUGUGUUUUCCAAAUGACAUUUGUUCUUCCUGGUUUAAUAUACUACAAAACAGGGUUUUUGGGACCAAAAGAUAAACGAGUUUUUCUUUUCUUUCGAGGAUUCCUUGGGUCUGGUGCAAUGAUUCUUCUCUACUAUGCUUUCCAAGUAAUGCCUCUAGCUGAUGCCACUGUUAUAACUUUCAGCAGUCCAGUUUUUACAUCAUUGUUAGCUUGGAUAUUUCUCAAGGAAAAAUACAGCCUUUGGGAUCUUCUUUUCACCCUCUUUACAAUCACUGGAGUGGUGCUUAUUGCAAGACCUCCUUUUCUGUUUGGAUCCAGUAUUUCAGGGAUUGAAGGAAGUUAUACAAAUCAUCUUAAAGGAACAAUAGCUGCUAUUAUAAGUGCAGUAUCAACAGCUUUAACUUUUGUUAUAUUAAGAAAGAUGGGAAAAUCUGUGCAUUAUUUUUUGUCUAUUUGGUAUUAUGCAGUAAUUGGAUUAAUUGAAUGCAUUGUAGCACUGUUUGUAAUAGAUGAAUGGACUUUACCAUAUUGUGGUACAGAUAGAUUUCUCCUAAUAUUAAUUGGACUGUUAGGGUUGGGGGGUCAGAUAUUUAUCACAAAAGCAUUACAGAUAGAGAAGGCUGGUCCUGUUGCCAUAAUGAAAACAAUGGAUGUGGUGUUCGCUUUUAUUUUACAGAUUCUUUUCCUCAAUCAUCUGCCAACUUGGUGGACGGUGGGUGGUGCCCUUUGUGUAGUAGCCAGUAGCUCUGGAACUGCCAUUCGUAAGUGGCAACACAAUUCAAAAAAGGCUAAAGAAAAUGAAAUCUAGCAAGUCAGACACUGUUUCAUCACAGAAACAAAGAUAAGCAUCAUAAUCUUGGAAAAAUAUAUUUUAUAGUAAGAUAUAUUUUAUUUAAAAUAUUUCAUUUAUUUAACUAUUACCAAAUUGUCCCCAAGAAAAGGAGUCAGAUGACUUUCAAGCAGCAUAGCAGAUGUUUUAACAAGCUGGUUCUGCAUAUGCUACUCAGUGUACAUACUGAGCAAGGCAUUGGUGCAUUUUCACAGAUCUUGCUGUAGAAGUAACUGUCUACAGAACCUUAUAUUUUUCUUUCCCACAAACUAGUGUUGCUCCUUAAACAUUUUGGGCCUUAUUCUCCACUUCUUAUACUUUGUAUGGUCACCCAUCUUUAAAGUGGGAGUAAAAGUCUAUCAUUCUAAUGUUGUAGUUUGCAUUCACUUACUACAGAUAUAACUGAAUAGAAUAGGAGCAAGGCAGUGGUGUCUAAUUAUUUUUCUUAACUCUACACAAGUUUUUUAUUUUUAAUCUUACAAGUGUUUAGUGAUAGUUUCAUGGAUACACUUGCUGCAAGAAGUUAGGGCCCCAUUCAAAAAGAAACAACAACAAAAUAAUCCAGCUUCUGUACAAUGGACAUGUGAGGCUAACUUUUAAUUUAAAGUGACUUUCCCAAUAGACUGUCACAUUUGAUUUACUACUUCUUUAGUUGCUACAAUUUCAGUGAUGAAAGAAAAUGGUUGUUAAUAUAGCCCUUUGUUAAUUGACCAUUACUUAUGCUACAAAAUGUUAUGCUGUAGUUGCACUAUUCUUAAGUCUAUGCAAAAAUAUAUUUUAUUUAUAUUUUUAGGUAUUUAAUUUAAAUUUCUCAGAAUGCUGUUCAUUUUUUUUAAUACUUUGUAUACAAAGUAUUUUUGUGAAAAAAGUUGCACUUUUCUUGGCUGCAGUUAUGUUGUUUUAAAGUUUUAUUGUAAAACCUCCCAUUUCUUGUUUCACUAGCUAAUGAAGGGUAUUUAGAGAUUCCACAAACAGCACUGGUUAGCCAGCGUCAUAGUGGCGAAUAUACAAAAUGUACCCUGCACUCCUCACAUGUCAUCUUUAAUGUUUGAAGACUACUUUUUGAUAGCAAUGACUACAGUAAUAUUAAAAUAUAGAGUUCAGUUUCCCAGUUGUAUGGGCAGGAAGAGAAGAUCACUAUAAUACAUAGUGGUUUCCGAAAUGGAUUGUGAUCUACUGGUGGGUCUCAGUCCAAUAGAGUUUUAAGAUGGAUUUAAUUUUUACUUUGCUGAGACCCCGUACACUGUGCCCUGUGGAGUUUUUCAGUCAUUUACAUUGUUUCCUCUUUUCUGAAAGAGGAAAAUCUUUUAUGCAAGAAUACAUCCUGUGUGUGGAAACAGACAUAAAAUAAUGGAUAUAGUCUUAUCUUGAUGCACAGAUAUUUAUACAUGUACCAUCACUUUCAUGAGAGAAAUUGUUAAACAACUGUUGCAUUCCACUCUGCGGUGGUUUGGGUGAAAUGAUUCCUGCAUGUAUAACACUAGUAAACUGCUUUAGGAUGCUUCUAGAAGAAAUGAGCCAUAUUUGUGUAAGAUUGCCUCAGAAUAUAUCCUGUGGGCUUGAGGCUGCUUUUGUUGACAUUUUUGUUGACGUCAAGGUCAAAACUCUAGGGAAAGGAAUUAAGGAAACUUUUUUAAAAAGAUGAAAAUAUAACUCAUCCAAUUUCAACAAUACAGAAUCAUAAGUAUUAUGGAGGGUUGUCUCUUUUAGAAAUGACGUUGAAAAUGUUUGAAUCCUAUAUUGACCCUGAAUUGGUGCAUAUGAUUUAGUAGCCUGCAUUACUGAAGAAAGGUUUUGUUGUCUUCUUAUAUAUGAAUAUUUACUUACGCAUAGAAAAUAUGCAGAUCUGAAGACAGUUUAUUGGUUUAGUAACUUUGGAACAAAUCUUUUUCUCAAGUUUUCUUGUUCAAACCUUCACCUUAAGUGUAAUUUACUGUCUUUGGUAAAUGAGAUAUAGCUAGUCAGUCUUAAAACUGAAAUUUUCAUUAAUCCUUUGUUAGUAUCUGUUAGCAAACUGGCAAAGUAAUUUUUCUUUGUCCACAGCUGUGUGAUUUCUUUGGGGUUCUCCAUGACCGUUCACACUCAUUACUCCCAAACUUUCUCACAAUAUUGCGUGUCUAGAAAGAAGGAAAACAAUAAACCUGGUUUUGGUGUC